AUGGCUCCUACUACCCCAAAGACGCCCAAGAAGGUCACCCCUGCUAAGAGGGUUACUACCCUUUCCUCACCUGCCAGUCCGAUCGCUCGCGUGCGCAAAUCGCAGAGAGAUGCUCCUGACUUGGACAGUGAAAUGGUCUUUGUACUCCUCGGAGACGGCCCAAAGGAACUCCGUCAGACCAAGGUUUUCCACAGAAACCUUCUCAUGUCCAUCUCCGGCUUCUUCGCCAGAGGCCUAACCCCUGGAUUCAGAGAAGCCGAAGCCAAGCUCUUUGAAUUGGAAGAAGAAGACUCUGCCACUUUUUCCGUGUUUGAACAGUGGGUUUACAAGGAUCGUCUAUUUAUCAAGAGACCCACUUCCAUUGAGUCUGCCUCUGCCUCAGACACUGACGACGACGAUCAUCAAGAGUGGGAAUGUUUGCCUCGUCUUUAUACCCUCGGUGAACGCCUCGACGCUCCCAACUUCAAAGAUGCAGUCAUUUCUGCCAUCAUCGAGAAAGUCGCAGAGACCAAGGUGAUGCCCGAUACUUGGGCCUCGUAUGUGUAUCAAAACACUGUUUCGGGCAAUGCACUGCGUCGCUUGAUUGUUGACUUCCAUGUGUUUGCCCACCAGGGCAGGUUGUUGAAGAAAGGUGCCUGUCCUGAUGCUGUAGAGCCCGGGUAUGAGUUUUUGCAGGAUGUGGUGCAGAGGAUGGCGGAUGUGGGACAGGAAGUCUUCACUGCUGGUGGCGAGAUGCCUUGGGUUGAUGCUUGUGUUUAUCAUGAGCAUGGGCAGGGUGCUUGUCAUUUGGCUGCCGAAGAGGAUGUUAUGCAUACUGUCCACAGUCUUUAUGGAACCCCCGAGACGCCUCUCAGACGCAGCGCUCUUGCCCAGUUCGAGGCGUUUAAAGUUAACGAGCCUCGUCCUCUGGGUAUCGCACUUCCACUGGAUAGUGCUCAGACGGUCUACUUCUGGCAACCUUACGUCUCUUUGAGUAUUGAUUGGGGUUCUAUCCGUCAAAUCAACGAUCUGAACCGCUGGAAGUUGCGCGUAAUCCGCGAGACAAAGGACAGGCUGGGCAUUCGUCUCAGCUACAACUGA